ACGUCGGAUGCUGCGCCUCCGCUCGUCAGUCUCCACUGCGCAGCCGCAGUUGCUCCAGGACGCUGAGUGCAGAGCAGGGAAGACAGAAAAAUGGCCCUCGACAAUUUGAUUUUCGCCCAGUGCAUCCUUUAUUUUUUAGCUUUCGUUUUCGGUUUUAUCGCCGUGGUGCCUCUGUCUGAAAACACGGAGGAUUUCGGGGGGAAAUGCCUGCUGUUCACGCGGGGUAUGUGGCAAAAUGAAAACAUCACUGUGAUGAAGCAGCGCUUCAUCGUGGAGGAGUGGGGACCCGAGUCCUCCUGCAGCUUCAUCACUUUUGUCGGGAUAGCGUCCCUCAUCCUGUCCGCAGUGCAAGCUUGGAGGCUGCUGUUCUUUCUGUGCAAAGGACACGACGACUCCAUCUUCAAUGCCUUCCUCAACCUGCUCAUUAGCUCCCUGGUGGUGUUCACAGUCUUCCUGUCCAGCACCAUCGUUAGUGUGGGUUUUAACCUGUGGUGUGACGCCAUCACCGAAGGUGGGACUAUGCCCAACAGCUGUGAAGACAUGCAGGAUGCUGAUCUAGAACUGGGUCUGGACAACUCUGCUUUCUAUGACCAGUUUGCUAUAGCUCAGUUUGGGCUGUGGGCCGCCUGGCUCACCUGGCUCGGGAUCACUGUGAUGGCUUUUCUGAAGGUCUACCACAACUACAGACAAGAGGACCUGCUCGACACCUUGAUCCACGAGAAGGAAUUGCUGCUCGGCCGCUCUUCACGCCGCGGCUCUGACCUCAAGACCGGCCUGAUUUAGAAAUCAGGAAGACGCACAAACAUACACGGUCAUUCACAGUUAACCAUAUAGAACCAUGUAGUCCUCUUGCCUGCCAUGACCAACACCAGUAUUCGCCUGUGUAGACAAUCAAAAUCAAUUGGCUUUUGCUCCCCCGAAGAUGAAUUGAAUCAAAUCGACAGUUUUAGCUGUUUUCCAGAAGUAACUGAAAAUAAAAUUUACAGAUGGUUGUUAACCUUUCCUGUGCUAUAUUGAGAUAAUCCAUCCCUUAUUCAACCCCAGCACAGAUUUGAUAGUAUUAAAACUUUUUUUUUAAACAAAAAAAUACAUCUUUUAUCAAAUAUACGUUCUUGUUUAGUAAAAACAGUAUUAAUGGUUUGGCCAGUUUGGCCAGUGGAUCUUGUCCUUGUGAAAUUUCUGCAUGGAUCUUAAGCAUGUAAAAUUUCUCGGGUGCUUUUUAGACAUAAAGGGGUUUUUUUUCUUCACCAAUAAAUGUGUUCUUAACUUAGGCUUCUUUUUUUCCUGCCAGUAUCCACAGUGCAUCUCAGCAAAGUGAGAACUGCAUGCUCCAGCAAAGUUAAACGGUGUGUGCGUUUGCAGCAUCUUUACACAUUUAUCAGCAGCUACAAAAGGCGUUUUAUAACAAAAAAAAAAGAAAAAAAAAGACAAAUUGCAGCUCUACACAUUCGUGCAUUUGGCAGGCAGUCUAAAAGGCUUUUAGCAAUCUGUGUGAGAUAAGAAAACAGAUCCUAUCUUGUGCCAUUUAGCAACUCAGGCUUCUUCUGCACACUUUAUAGGCUACAAACCAAUAUACUCUAUAUUACUGUGACUAGACACACAAGUAUACCUGCAUGCACCUCUCUCUCUCUCCCUGUUAAAUCCCACGCUCACUUAUUGACAGAGGUUGCGGGAAGAAAGGAAAGUCGGCCGCUUCACUUUGAUAGGCAAUGACAGUUUUUAUUUCAAAAACAACUAAAAUAAAAAAAAAAAGCAAAAAACGGUAGGAACUAAGAAAACCCUCCAUAAAGGCACUUCUUUCAAAGUGACCAUAGAUGUUUAAACAGCAGUGAAAUGCAGCUUUAAGCUAAAUGUGCAUAUACAGGAUAUAAGCUCACUGGGUAUUGUUUUAUUGCUAAUGACGAUUUCGUUUGACAGUACAGAGUCGAGAGUAUUCCUUUUCUCCGGUACAUCUGCUAUUAGCCUUAUGUAUUGCUUUGACAGUCAAACAUGAGAUCUCCAAAAUAAAAGACAAACAAACUCGUUUUAUUUUGAGUUCCCUGAAACCUGUUGUAUAAAGUGUUUUAAUGGAAUAUAUGUGAUGUGUGUUAUUGCUCAUAAUGAGAGGUAUGUGGGAUGUGCAUCACUGUGCCCUUUGAUUCCUAUAAUCCAUUUAUGUGGUGAUUUGGCUGUUUGAAUUUGACUUGCCUUGUUUGAUAAAGGGACUCAUACAAUAACAUCUGGCUCUGUUAAAUUUCUGUGUUUGGCCUCUAAAAUAGCAAUUACCUUUUUUUUUUCUUUUUUUUGUAAUGUAUUGCAAAUAUCCGUUCAACCCACGCACUUCCAUACACUUGACAUCAGAAUUAAAACCUGAAUGUUUCAUUUGAAUAUAAAUGCUACAGAUAACAAAAAGUAAAAAAAAAUCCAUAUAACCAAAAGUCCGAUAGUUGCGUAGAAGCAGAUAUACAAUAUAGAAGAAUAAAUAACAUUUAGCAUAAAGUAUUUUUGUGGGAUUCAGGCGGUUAUAAAGAGGAACACUGUCAAAAGCACAAGCAUUCGUUCGGGUUGAGUAUAUUCUGUUUCAUGAUAGGUAAUAUUGUGCUGCAGAUUAUUAUCCUCCGUGAAACUAGCAAUCAGCUGACAGGCGACCAGACAGUUGGAAAAGAACAAGGUGUUUUUCAUGUCCAAGUCAUUCCGUGAAGUGAUGCAGCCCUGUGUUUUCUUUUUUCAUUAAACAGUUUACACAUUCAUGCUUCUGUCUGCCUCCUCUCAGUGUGCCAAUCAGAAGUGCCAAUCAAAGUCGUUUCCCAGACCUCUCUACAUUCAUUUAUGUGCAAUUACAAGGCUAAAUACUGUGAUAGUCCUUAGUAUAUUGAGCCAUAUAUACACAUUCA